AUGUAAAACUUAUGUGGAUCCUUGCUAAGCAGAUGGUAUAAUACCAAAUUUAAUUUGACUUAAUAUGUUUAUGAUAUAGAUAAAUAAUUAAGAUAAUAGGACAAAAUAAUUCAUAUUUUGAAUGAAACAAUACCAAAUGAUGCAGACAUAGAUGUAAGUGAAAUUUAUUAAAUUUUAAGUAAAGAAUAGAAAAAUUGAAGUAGAUCUGUUCCAAAAUUAUUUGGUUUUCAUAUAGGAAAAAUAUCCCAAAAUUUUAAGGUUGAUGUUUCUUAUAUUUUUAAGUGAGCUCAUUAACUUCAGAUACAGGGUGGGGAUGUAUGAUUAGAGUUGCUCAAAUGGCUUUGGCUUAAAUCAUACGAUAUUAUCAUUAUUUUACAAAGCCGGAAUAAUUAAUAGUCUUAAUUAGACAUUUUAUAGAUGAUGAUGAUAAUGAAUUGACUGAUUUCAUUUAAUAAAUUCAAAAGAACAAAAUAGAAUAUUUCCAUGCUCCAUUUUCUAUUUAAAAAAUUGUUCAUUAUGCAAAAGUGGAGCUAAAGAAAGAACCUGGAGAUUGGUAUAAAUCUGAUGAAAUACUUUAGACCUUAGACUAUUUAUUUAAAUACUCUCAAUGUAAAUUGCAUUUUAAUAAUAAGACUCCUUAAAUAUGGAAAUCUAUAUUAACUAUGAUUGCGCUUUUAUACUCUAAGAUGCAAUUUAAUAAAUGUUUAAUCAUUAAGAAGGUAAUGAACUUUGGUUGAAAGAGCGUGCUAAAAAUAAUAAUCAAUUUGAUUUAUAUGAUCAUAAAGGCAUUUGUAUUUUCCUUCCUACUCGUAUUGGUCUUCAAAACAUCAAUAAGGAUUAUUUGGAAGUCUUAAAUUAAAUAAUGGCACUACCUUAUUUUCAAGGAAUGAUAGGUGGAGUGUCAAAAAGAGCCUUAUAUUUUGUAGGUAGAAUUCAAGAUUACCUCAUCUAUUUGGAUCCACAUUUUGUGCAAAACGCUCAGAACUUUGAUGAUCUUUCAAUAAAUCAAGCAUCUUACACAUGUUAAAAUAUAUAAUUGAUACAUAAUUCACUUAUUGAUCCAUCUAUUGUAAUUUGUCUCUGUAUUCGUAAUGCACUUGAAUUAUUGGAUUUAUGGCAAAUAGUAAGAUGUUAUAUUUAUUGAUUAGUUUUAACAUUUCAAAUAAGAAUACUAAGAACUAUUUUUUUUUUCACUUUUAGAAACCAAUAAUGAAAUAGAAAUGUUGAAAUCCUUUUAGUAAAUAAUUGAAGUUGAUAAUGAAUUCGUAAGCAUUGCAAAAUGA